ACGCGCGGAGCUCAGGUCAGGCCAGGUAAACUAGCGUUACCCGCACCACCUUCCCAUUUUUAGCCCUCGAGGCCCAUGAACAUGCACGACCGCCGCAUGGACAUCACUGCGCUGUGCAGCCCCGAAGCCGAGGAGCCCGAGCCCGAGCGCCACGCCACUGCCUCCGCCGCCUUCGCCUUUGCGCCGGCCCUGCCCCCUCUCGCCCCCAAGCGCUCGCGCCGGUUGUCCAACAGCGAGCGCGGCAAGCUAUACCGCUCGCGCCGGAAGAACUACGUGCAGGCGCUGGAGGAGCAGGUGGAGCAGCUCAAGCACGAGGUGGACCAGCUCAACCUCUACGGGCGCACACAGCAGCAGCAGCAGCAGGAGACCAGCUCCGCCUGGCCGCUCGCUCGACAACCUAUAGGCGCGUCGUUCGCCAACGUAGUGAACGAGUACUUUUCGCUCUUCAAGUACGGCGUGCCUGUUGCUGAGCGCGGCGGCGUGCCUCAGGAGCAGCUGCUGCUCUCAUCGCGGCAAGCGGGCUUCCUGAACGGACUCAUGCACCCUAACAUGGUGUUCGGCAGCUCGUACGGCGUGCGCGAGCUGCUGGAUCAGUGGGAAAAGUACUCGCUGUACCACGCGGGGCUCAAGUACGAGGUCAAGAACUUGCAAAUCAUGGCGGCGGAUCCAAACCCGGUGGUGCUCGCCCCCGCCACGCUCUACGUGCGCUUCACGCGGAGCACCAUUGAGGAGAUCUUUCCCCACGUCCUCUGGAACGAGGCGCUCGUGCAGCGGCUCAUCGGGAUGCAGGUCGAGUACGAAGUGGGGAACACCUUCUACUUUGGCGACGACAACAAGAUCCACCGGUACGACACGUACGUGGACUUCGUGGCCGCCUUCGUGAACGUGCUGGGCAACGUUGAGGACACGAUGGCCAUGAUGGAGAGCGCGCUCAUCCGGCAGGAUGAUGGCCCCGUUGGCGCGCGCAUUGGGAUGUCGCUGCGGGGCAUCCUCUAG